AAUCAUGGAAGACAGUUAUGUUCAAGGUGACAACACAAAUUUACCAAGAAUAAAACCUUUGAUGGUUAGUAAAUUUUUUGCUUCAAAUCCCGACUUUUGUUCUGCUGAGUUGCGGAAUGUUAAAACAUCCAUAUCCGGAAGGGAGACUUAUGGCGACGAUGCUAUAGGUUACGUACAGCUGAAGAGGGAACAAAAUGUUUGUACUGUGAAAUGUACAGUUUGUCCUGAACACAAAGUACGAAGUAAGCCGUAUGCAGCUACAAUCAUAGUAGAUGAACAGGAAGAAGUGGUGACAAGUGUUAAAUGCCAUGAUUGUCCUGCAUCAGAAGGUGGCUGUAAACAUGGAGUUGCGUUUUUGAUGUGGUUGCACCGCCGAAGUGAAGAACCACCCUGCACCUCAGUUGAAUGUUAUUGGAAAAAGUCCAAUCUUGCCAAAGUUGGAACAUCAAUUAAAAUAUUGAGUGCAAGAGAAAUGGUAAAACGGAAACCGAAAGAAUUUGCACCAGACAGUGGGUUGAUGGAUGAAUUUGUCAAGGAAUGUAAGGCAAGGAAAAUAAAUAAUUGUCAGUUCAUUAAGCAUGAACCUGACUAUCGUGAUUCAGGUACUAUUCUAUCAUUACAUAAUCUGAUGAUUGCAUACAAUGAUGAGAAUUGUGAUGGCUUUUUACUAAAAAUCAUACAAGAAUUUAGUAAUACCAAUAUAAAGAAUGCAGAAAGAGAUACUCGAGGGCAAAAUACUAGUUACUUAUGGCAUGAACUUCGGUAUGGAAGGAUUACGGCUUCUAAGUGUUAUGAAGUUAGUCGUUGUAAAACAAUUGAUGGAACCUUGGUUGCUGUAAUUCUUGGUGCAAAGAUUCCAGAAACAUCAGCAAUAAUUAGAGGCAGAAAAUUAGAAGCUCAUGUGAGAAAAGCAGUUGAAAAGAAAUUAGGAAUAAAAAUCGAAAUGUGUGGUUUGUACAUAUCUGAGACUUUUCCAAUGAUAGCUGCAUCACCAGAUGGAAUAAAUAAAAAAACUACAUUUGAAAUCAAGUGCCCAGUUAGUACCAAAACUUUCGAAAAUUAUAUUAGUAAAGAAGGCAGAAUAAAUGCAAAAUAUUAUGCCCAGGUACAAAUACAGAUGUAUUGUACUCAUGCUAGUGAGAGUUAUUUUUGUGUAGCCAGUAGUGACUUUGACAAAAAUAAUGAAGUUACAAUUCUCAAAGUUGAUUAUGACAAUCAGUAUGUUAUGAGUCUAUUAGACAGUGUUCUUUCUUUUUGGAAAAAUAAUAUAUUUCCAGUUUUGUACAAAAGUGUGACAAAUAUAUAA